UUUUCAACCCUUAAAAAUAGUUUACCCAACUUUACCGUACCGUACCAUCAGUUAGCAUCUGUAAACUCACGCGAUAUCUCCUGACGGCGCCGUUGCUACGUAAUUCAGGUGAAUGUUGAAAAGAUUGUUGACUCAAUAAUUGUAAAUUUGUAUUUGUAACUGAAAAGCAAAAACGUCCGUGCAUCUGUCCAAAACGAUUGCUCUGGCCCCCGGAUCUAGCUCAAUCGGAUCUGCCGCGCGCCGCGCCCCCGGAGCUAGCUAGCUAGCUCGGAGCUGAGGCGGCGCGGCCGGAUUGUGUAUGUACGGAUGUACGGUAUAUCUAGAUCUGUGGCGGUAAUUUAGUAUUCUUGGUUGUGAAUCGAAAACAAGAGUGCGAUAUCAAGAUGAAAAUUCAAGGUGCUGUUGCUCUUAUUACUGGUGCUGCGGAAGGACUUGGCAAGGCCUUUUCAGAGGAAUUACUCAAGAGGAGUGCUAGAGGAGUCAGUAUCGUUGAUUACAAUUCUGCAAAGGGAAAGGCCACAGAAGAUGAACUCAACAAGAAAUACGGGGAGGAUAAAGUCCGCUUCUUUCAAUGUGAUGUAACUUCAAAGGACCAGUUAGAAGAUGCCUUUUCAAAGACUCUAGAACACUAUAAGGGCAUAGACAUUGUGUGCAACAAUGCAGGAAUAGGAGAUGAGAUCAACUGGGAGAGAACUGUUGAUGUAGACUUGGUAGCCGUCAUGAGAGGCACCUUUCUUGCGAAGAAUAUGAUGGAUAAGAAAAACGGAGGGAGAGGAGGUAUUGUUAUCAACAUUGCAUCCAUGGCUGGCAUGUUGCCCAUGCCCUUGAUACCUGCAUAUACUGCUGCUAAACAUGGUGUACUGGGAUUCACAAGGGCUAUUGCGAUUGGAGACAGUGUAUUCAACCUGAAGAACGUUCGAAUAAACUGCCUUUGCCCAAGCUUCAGUGAGACAGCGAUACUGGAAGGAAUGAGAGAGUUCAUCAAGCAUCCCGUAGCAAAGGCCAUAUACGGUUCAGAACUAGAAACUAUUCCAGUUUCUAUGGUAGCUGAGGGUUUUAUUCGGCUUGUGGAAGACGACAGCAAACACGGAGAAGUGAUGAGAUGUACUCCUCAGAAUGGGAUCGAUUACAAAAAGUACAGAGACUUGGUCCCAAGCAAGCUCUAAUACUGUGUUUACACCCACAAUGGUGCAGAAAUUGUUAGUGCUUCGUCUGUAAAUGAAUCACAAGUCAGGUAAUGUGUAAUACCUCUUUAACACUGAGGAACUUGUUUUCAGGUGUACCUGAGUGACAUAGUCUCACACCAGGGCCCCAUCUUACAAAGAGUUGCGAUUGAUCUGAUCAAUCACAACUAUGGAUGGCCAGCAACGUCAACAUCUAUUAUUCAUGUUUGUUCAAAAUAUUUUUCAACUAUGAUGUAUAUUCAUGCAUUCAUUGUUUUCUUGAAAAUUCACUGUGCUUCUCCUUGUUUACAAAGGAAGGACAUUGUGCAAAUUUUCAGUAGAAAAAAUUAUGACACUGAUGGAUUUCCAUAGGGUUCGAUUGACUGGAUCAAUUGUAACUCUUUGUAAAAUGGGCCCCAGGUCUGCAUGAAACAUUACACUCAAUAUAUCAUUUACAGCAAUAUAUUGACAAUUCACUGUAGCAUGAAGUGAGGAUUCGUACAGUGAAAACCCAGUGAAAUGAGGUUCUUGGAUUUAUCAAAGUCCUGUCUUGAUCUUAUAUGGUAAAUCAAUGGAUUGCAAUUUGCUGAUGCCAGACCAUUCAAGAAGCAAUGAAUAUUUCUGUAGCCUACCUAUAAUGUUGAGGUUCAGCUGAUUAUUUUUUACCAUUGAUUACGAAUUCUAUUAUUCUUUCGCCGGAAUUUUGAGAAUUUCAGGCCAGUUAUGAGGAAGAAUAACGAUAUAUAGCAAAUACAUGUCCAUUGCUAAAAAAAUUUGAUUCCAACACUCUGUCCAUGAUAAAUAUGGUAUAAUCCUCCCCCAUGGAAGAUUAGGCCAAACCUUCUUUACAUGCCCUAAAGCAUGUAGAGUAAUAUUACAUUGAAAACUCUGAAAUAGUUAAGAUCAUGAAUAUACACAUGUUCUAUCUUGACCAAAGGUUUUACGUGAGAUCACUUUAUCCUGGGUUUUCACCGUUUUAUGAUCGCUUUUUACCUCAAAAUAUUCUAAAGCAAUAUAAUCCAUAAUUUAUAUGAAAACUGUCUUUGAUUUUUCUCCAUUGUCGUUUGAUUAUUAUGACACCAAAAAUUAUGAAAUUUAAUUUUUAUAGGCUAUGUGUCUAUACUAGUCAACUUUCAGUGUCCUUCUACUUUCAAGAUAGUGUAUAGGAAAGUCCAUUCCAAAUAUUGAAUGUCUGUAUGCUAGCUUUAGGGCAAUUCCAUUAAAUGAUCAACCUUUUUGUACGUCCGACCACCAUUUUUUCAAGUCUUACUUCACUUCAUAAUCUGACCAAGUCAUGGUCCUUUGAGAACAUUACAUACUGUCAAAAGAACCAGAAAUCAAAGACUGAACAUUUUUUGAAGGUCCCACAUAUAGGGGGUCGGACAUACCUACAUAUUUUAUGGAAUUGCCCUAUACUUUUCCAUUUUUCCCAUUCUGAUUAUGAUUGUAUUUUUUAAAAUAUAGUUUUUAGGGGUAUUGUUCAUCUGUCAGGCAAUCUGAAUGAAUAUCAGGCUUGUCAUGUAUUCAUUUAUUAGACACCUACCAAUAUUUUAGAUUACAAUUUUACUUUUAUAUAAAAUAUUAUGAAUAUAGUACAUAGUGGUGCUAAAGUUAUUGAACCCCACCAGAAAAUGAACAUAUUUAAAGUGUUCAAGUUCUGCCAUCUUUUAGAUAUUUAAUUGUGAAGUCGGGUGAUAAAGUAUUACAUUCAAGAAAAAAAAAAUUCUUGCCGAACAUUGUAGUGUUGUUGUCUACAUUCAACACUCAGCAUGGAGGAGUGCGAUUUCUGGUGGGGUUCACUAACUUUUUAGCACCAGUGCUGUAUAUGGUUGCGUUUGUAGCUGGGGAUUAUGACAUUUAUGCUCAUUAUACAGUAUAUUAAAUUGUAUUAUUAACUUUGCACAAAUUUCAUUAAUUCUUUGUUUAUAUUUUUAUUAUAUGCUUCCUUCAAUUUACUUUACAGCUGAUUUCUGUUGAUAAUGCCAUCUAGAUAUGCAUAAUUGUGCAAAUUCCCUGGUAAACGUUAUUCUAAAGACCAAUAUUUUAUUUACACUAGGCGUUAGUACAAGUUUGAUCUCUGAUUAUGCCAUUUAAUAUAACUUGCUCAUAGUAAAUUUUCAACUUGCCUAAAAUGUAAAUGCAUUUCAAUGUUUUCCAAAGAGGUGUAAAGCAAAUGUUAUAAUAAUUUUUGAUAAUAAGUU